AUGGACAGCGAAGGCCCGCGCCUCUCGAAAGAAGAAUUGCCCCUUGGGGAGCUGGGGGAAGAAGGUGAAGAAAACAAGGAGGAAGACUCCGACUCCGAGGAAGAUGGGGAAAAUGAGGAAGAUGAGGAGGCCUAUGAGCGGGAGAGACAGCGCAACAUUGCGGCCAACCAAGCCAAGCUCCUGGAGCUGGGACUUCUCAAUUCCUCGCACGCACUCUUCGGCGAAGCGACAGCCGCGCGAAGGCGGCAGUGGGCGAAUGGCAGCGAGGGCGGUGGCCGUAGUAGCGUCACAGCCUCUGCAGGUCGUGCCCCUACGCGCCGGCGUUCGUCGCGGCUCCAAGGCCAAGAGGCCAAACACUAUGGCAACGAGCUGCCCCGCCACGAGCGGUCUUCCCCUUCUUCGUCGAGGUCCGCUCGGGGCACCACCACCCGUCGCUCCCUGCACUCGGCCGGCUAUCGCCAAGAGGUCUACGACGAAAAGCACCUCCUCCUGCUGGGAACGUGCGAAACGCCCUACCCUCGCCUUUUCGAAAAGAAGAUCUACGACCCAGUGCGUGGCACGACCUGCCAUCAGUGCCGCCAGAAGACGAUCGACAAGAAGACCACCUGCUCCGAGUGCCGGGCCAUCCCGGGCCAGUUCUGCGGCACUUGCCUCCAGGUUCGCUACGGCGAGAACGUGCAGGAGACGUGGAACAAUCCCGGUUGGGUGUGCCCUGUGUGCCGCGACAUAUGCAACUGCUCUUACCGCUCAUUUUGCCGUCCGGCGAAAGGAUGGGCUCCCACGGGGGUGCUCGCGCACAAGGCGAGGAGGGCCGGGUAUCCAUCGGUAGCCCACUACCUCAUCACCACCUACCAGAGGGAUCGCAACGAAGAAGAAGAAGAAUCGCCUGAGGAUCAUCCGUCCACUGAUGCGGCGCCCGAAGACGACGGAGAGCAGGAGGCGGGCAAUGACGUCAAGGCUGAGGCACACGACGACGGCGACGACAUUCAGGACCCGGCCAGCGAAGAAGCCAAGGCCAAGAAAAACGAAGGCAGCGAGACCCGUAAGCGGAAGCGUGAGGAGCGUUCCCUGGGCGGCGGCGACGACCCGGCAGCCUUUGCAAGCCCUGAGGGCGGCCGACAUCGGUCGACGACGACCAAGUCGCGGAGGAGGAAGGCGACAACGACGGCGACGUCGACGGCGACAUCCCAUGAGCGACGGCGCAAGGCCAACGUUGAAGCGGACGAGGAGGCCGAAGAGGGCAUCCUCUCCUACUUCAAAAAGCGAACGGACGUUCCAACCCCUUCUUCGACCGAUAAGUCGUCGAGGCCCACCAAAGGCCGGCAGACAAGUGCGCGGCAGAAGGAGGAGAACGGCGAGGAGGAGGAGGGCAAGGGCAGCGAGUACGUCGACCGGCGGGAGCUCAAAAAGGGCGCGGUCGUGGCCUGCUGGGCCGACCCCUCCUCAGGCGACAUGUAUUGGCUCGCCCGGGUCGUGCGUGGCUGGGGCGACGAGGACAAGAAGAGGACAACAAAGAGACAGAAGGCCCAUACGCCCGGAACCAUGCGUAUCCGUUGGUUCGAGGAACUCGAGAGGAAGAAGAACCACUUCAGGGAGGGCCAAGAGGACGACCUGCAAGUGGACACGGUCUUUCACAUCCUCUCCGAGGCGAGUUUCGUGAAGGUGGGAUCCGGCCGCUGGCGCCUGGACGAGGACCUGAGUGUCUACGACCUCUAG